ACCUCUUCAAGUCCUGCAACGGCAGCAGCGUCCAUUUCAAUCAAUGCCCAUGCCUUUCGUGCCACACUUGCAGGGCUUCCCGUUCUGUGCAGUCAAGGUUCAGAGCGGUUUGAGCUUUGAGUGGGUACUUCGAUUGCUGCCAAUCCUACAAGAAGCCCGUUCUUAAGAGCAAUUUUGAGGUCGCUGCUCCAGCCCCUUGACUACCGUACGUCAGCCGCAGUCAAUGUCCAGGUCUGCCAAUCUUGGGAGGUCUUAUUGCAGGUGCUGCGCGGGCUCAAAGCCUAGACUGACGCUGAAUUAGGGUUUGGAGCUAUGGCUGCUCGGGGCCUCCUUUCGAAGCUGCUGAGUCGCAGUCAGCUGGGCCUGGCUCGGCCGUGCAGCCCAGCCUGGCCAGCCGGUCUGCAACAACUGCGCGAGAUACACGGGACAGGCAGGAAGAAAAGGCCCGGGGGAGGCGGUUAUAUGCGCACGGGCGCUUUGCCUGGGGCUCCUCGACCCCCGAGGUUUCUGGUCACCGGCGCGUGCGGCCAGGUCGGAAUGGAGCUGGUGCCGUUCCUGCGAGCGAGGUUUGGUGGGGAUGAGGUCAUUGCGUCCGACAUCAAGACCAGCUCGCGGGAGUUUGUUGACGCGGGCCCGUUUGUAUAUGCGGACGUCCAGGAUUCGGACAGCCUGGCGCGCAUCGUCCUCGAGCACGGGGUCGACUACAUCGUGCAUCUGGCGUCCCUCUUGUCUGCCAUUGGUGAACGGAACCCUCAAUUGGCGCUCAAGAUCAACACAAACGGGAUACAGAACGUAUUGGAGCUGGCGCGGCUGCACUCGCUCCAGGUGUUUGCGCCGAGCACGAUCGCGGUAUUUGGGCCGUCUACGCCGCGGGACUUGACGCCCAACACGACCGUCAUGGAGCCGACCACCAUGUACGGGAUCACCAAAGUCCACCUGGAGUUGCUGGGCAAGUAUUACGCCCGGGUAUACGGGGUCGACUUCCGGUCCAUACGCUAUCCGGGUGUCAUCUCCUCGAAAGCCAUGCCGGGCGGGGGAACGACCGAUUAUGCAGUCGAGAUCUUUCACGACGCGCUCAGGCACGGUACAUACCGGUGCUUCCUGGACGAGAAGCAGGUGCUGCCCAUGAUGUACAUGCCUGACUGCCUCGAGGCAACGGUCAACUUGAUGAUGGCGCCUCGAGAGAAGUUGACGCAGGCCGUGUACAACGUGACCGGCAUGAGCUUCACGCCGAGCGACCUCGCGGCCGCCAUCCGCAAGCGGCGCCCCGACUUCCGCAUCGUCUACGAGCCCGACUUUCGACAGGCGAUUGCGACGACAUGGCCGCGCACGAUCGACGACUCGCUGGCACGGAAGGAUUGGGGUUGGCAAAACAAGUAUGACAUCGACAGCAUGACGAUCGACAUGUUCGAACAGCUGCAAGGGCGGUACGUCAUCGGCGCCGCUCGGUGACGUCACGCACAGUCGGAGCCGCCGGAAAGUGUGUGUUCGGACGGCCGCCAUUGACGGCGCUGCGGGUUGUCGUCGAUGUUCUUAAGGUUAAAAGGUGCAGAGAGGUAGAAAGAUGCGGAAUUUGAUUGCCCUAGAUUGGUACGUGUGGGAAGACCGACACAGAUUGUAUGAGAAGAUUAGUGCGUCCCUGAAUCGGGGAAGCGAGGCGACAUUCAAUGUACAUUGCGAGCUAGUCGCCGGGUGAGUGCGGUAGAAUCAGCCAAUUUUGCAAGAUUCCCUAGAUAACGAAUAGUUGCGUACUCGAACCCUAUAGUUUAUCAUAGACGGACUAAGUAGAAAGCUGCGCAUUCGCGUCCGCUUGAAUUUGUGUAGUUUGAAUUGGAAACAGACGUGUUUGGUGCUUCUUUGUUUUGGAUAAAUCAGAAUAGUGCGAAUAGCUUGCUUGCAGACUCACGUAUUGAUCGGCCUUUAGCGG